AUGAACACAAUCUCCCGCCAGUUCAUCCAGAAAUGGCGCUGCAUUCCCACCGACAAACGCAUCAGCGACGCCGCACUUGCUGCGCAUAUUGGAAAGCGUAAGGGCAGAUCGUCAUCCGUCGAAUUAUGCGAGGAUCUUGAGAACGCCAGGUGGGCUCGACACAUGCGAUGCAAGUAUGGCCCACAAGCUGAAGCCACAGGCCUCACCGACGACCUCUACGCGGCCACGUCCUACAACGAUUUCACCGCCCCCGAAAACUAUCGUGGCUUUCUCAAAAUCUUGAGAUUCCAUCUGAACGGCCCUAGAAUGAAUGUAAACGACAUGGUUAAAUGGGGAAAGGUGGCCCGGGAAUGGAUCGAGAGAGUGCUGAAUUAUCUUCUCAAGAUCAAGGAAGGCAGAUUCGUUGUGGAGGAACACGAACGGGAUGUCUACCUGAUGGAGGCGGGUGGAAAAGACGUUGCAGACUUGCUUUGA